UUUAAUAUCUGCAGGAUAGAAGGGAACCAGCUCGUGUUAGAGAAACAGCAUGUCUACAAUAAAACUAUCAGAGAUAUCAACGAAACGCAAGAAAUUACCCAGGCUUUUCUUCACGGAAACUUUAUUCUCCUAAACAUGACUGAAAUCCCCGAGAUAUUUCAUAGGCUUCUGGAAGACGAUGAAUAUUUGCCUAAAAAUCUGAAAAGAAACUCGGCUGGCUGUUAUGUCAAGGAAGCACCGAACCAUUUUCCCUUUCAUGUUUACUGGAAUAGUGUUAAUCAGUUAUCUUGGUUGGUUUUGUACCUGCCCUAUCUUAUAUUUGGUUUGGCGCUGUCUAUGAUCCUUCUAGAGAGAUUACUAACAAGAUUUUUCUGGACUGGUCAGAGAAUAGAAAAAUUCUACAAUCUACUUGUGAAACAAUCCAUAAAGGAGGGUGUUAAUUGUUCCACCCUGUAUACUCGGGAGAACAGAUUAGCUUGUCAACAGAUUCUUUAUGAUUUUAGAGACAGUAAUAUCCACUACAGAGCUUAUAUGUGCCAGACCCUAGGAAAGCUGUUAAUAGCUGCUGCCGUAGUCGCUUGGAGCUUCGCAAGCCCUUUGAGAGUAAGACAGAGCUUUAAAUCAAACUUCAACAGCCGUAUGCAAGGGUACAUGCACCAAUGUACAAUACCUGCCAAUGAUUUGAAUGAGAUAAUCUUUGAACUAGUAAAUGGUCUAAUGAUGCUGAUUCUAAUUAGUUCGUUUGGUACUUUGGUCUGGUAUGUACGAAUAUAUAUGCCAGAUCAUUGCUACGGUAUGGUUGCAAAUACAAAACUCAGUCGUCUCCUCAACAAAUGUCAACAGGAUAUGAAACCAUUCCCUUCAACCAUCAAUUCAAUAUAUUUUAAGAGUACAGAUAUGAGACUUCUACUCAAUAUAUUGACAGAAACAAAGGGGUUAUGGGCCUCCCUCAGGAUUCUAUCUCUGUUUGACUCCUCGUUUCGACAGAUUUUCAAGCCGCAGCUAGAGAAGGUAUCCAGUACAGUACCAUCCAGAGGACGAAAGAAUAUAAAUUUAAAAUGGCGGGAACCUUACGGAGCUCUUCUAGCUUCUCUCAGUCUAGAUCAGGGUCAAAUGAUGUAUGUAUCUGAAGUUGACCCACCCGGCGAGACUGAUGAUUUUUACAUGUUUCCAGCUUGUGAUGCUCUCUCUUGCGAAUACAGACUGGACUCCGAAGAAAACAACAAUCAACCAUCAAAGGAUAUUGUUGACAAAUCUGAGAUAAGCGGUUACGGUUCAGAUAGCAAUUUUGAAUCUGAAAGUAGCUCACGUAACAGCAGCCCAAAGAACAGUAUUAGCAAUGGAAGCCACAAGAACAGCUUUAGUUCGAGUAGCUCCAAGAGCAGUUUCAGCUCUAGCAGCUCCCAUAAAGACCCUGAUGCUGAUAUCCAUGUUGUGGAAAGCCUCCACAGUGGAAAGGAUAGGAAAAAUAUGAUUGAAAGAUUACUUUGUUCUGAUGGAUCUAAUUCCAAUGGUUCAGCAACAUCACCGUACAACGCGGUUUUCAAAAAUCUAAAAACAGGCACUGAUUACAAGAUUAGUAUCAGUUUUCUGUUAGCUGGAAACUGCUUAGGCGUAGCUAAUUUCACAGUAGCAGCGGACAGCAGGAAAACGUCGUCUUCAUCUAGCUCUUACGGUUCAGAAUCAAGAAAGGUUUCCGAUAUAUCUGGUAUUACUUCGGAUACCAGCCUCACUGCAGAACUCAUGGAGAUAGAGGAAGAGGAAGACGAUGAAUAUGACGAAGACGACAUUGUUCAGAAGAUAUCUUCUCAUUCCCACCUGGAGGAUAUCAUAGCAGGUUUUAUUCAUUAGAAAGGCUUAGAACUACAGAGCUUCCCAAAUCAUAUUGUAUUAUCUCCAAGCUUUAACGCCAAAAGACACACAUAAUACUCAACAAAAAGUGGUAUUUAAAGCAAGAUUUUUUAAAUAAGCCUUAUA